UAGACCCGUCCGCCGCCCUAUACAAAGUCCCAAAAUCGUCUCUGUGUCUCCCUUUCCUUCCUCUUUCUUUGAAUUGUUUUUGUUCUAAACCUGUGCAUAUUCCGACAAGAAGGUACAGGUAUGCCUAUUUUUCCGAGGUAUUUGUUUCUGCUGUCCUGUCUACGCGUUCUUCUAGCGGUUGAAUUAGAGUUAGAAGACACGGGCAACUUGGUUGACCUCAGUUACCCAGACGCAAUCGACUACAAGGAUCCCUGCAAAGCUGCUGCCUUUUCAGGAGACAUCGCCUUGGAUGAGGAGGACCUCCUUAUGUUUGAUGUGGUCCGGGUUCUGGAUGCUGCAAGGCACAGCCGGCAUAGCAAUGAGACACAGCCAGUGAACACGUCGUCGUUCGCUGAGAGCAGUGAGGGCGGAACGGACGCAGGCAGACAGGGAUUGCGUCGUACAAAGAGGGCGGCCACCUCUAGGUCUGAGAGGGUGUGGCCAGAUGGAGUUAUCCCUUAUGUUAUUAGUGGCAAUUUCAGUGGCAGUCAGCGAGCCAUUUUCCGGCAGGCAAUGCGACACUGGGAGAAGCACACCUGUGUGACCUUCAUUGACAGAACGAACGAGGAGAGCUACAUUGUCUUCACCUAUCGACCUUGUGGGUGUUGCUCCUAUGUGGGGAGAAGGGGCGGGGGUCCACAGGCUAUUUCCAUAGGCAAGAACUGUGACAAGUUUGGGAUAGUCGUGCAUGAAUUGGGCCAUGUGAUCGGCUUCUGGCACGAACAUACACGGCCAGACAGAGAUGAACACGUGAGCAUUAUCAGAGACAACAUCCAGCCAGGACAAGAGUACAACUUCCUGAAGAUGGAGCCAGGAGAGGUACACUCACUCGGCGAAGGAUACGACUUUGACAGCAUCAUGCAUUAUGCAAGGAACACAUUCUCCAGAGGGAUUUUCCUAGACACCAUUUUGCCGCGCUAUGACGUGAACGGGGUCAGGCCACCCAUAGGGCAGAGAACCAGACUCAGCAAAGGAGACAUUGCCCAAGCUCGCAAACUCUACAAGUGUCCAAAAUGCGGGGAGAGCUUACAGGACAGUGUUGGAAACCUCUCCUCUCCUGGGUUUCCUAACGGCUAUGCGGCAUAUGCUCACUGUGUCUGGAGAAUAUCUGUAACACCUGGAGAGAAGAUUAUUCUGAAUUUCACCUCCAUGGAUCUCUACAGGAGUCACUUGUGCUGGUACGACCAUGUGGAGGUCCGGAAUGGGUUCUGGAGAAAAGGCCCACUGACAGGCCGUCUCUGUGGCGACCAGCUUCCUGAACCAAUCAUCUCAACUGACAGCCGUCUGUGGAUUGAAUUCCGGAGCAGCAGCAAUUGGGUGGGCAAGGGCUUCUCGGCGGUGUACGAAGCCAUCUGUGGGGGAGAGGUCAAUCGUGACAAUGGCCAGAUUCAAUCUCCCAAUUAUCCCGACGACUACCGGCCCAACAAAGUGUGCGUGUGGAAGAUCACGGUGGCACAGGAUUUCCAUGUUGGCCUCUCCUUCCAGUCUUUUGAGAUUGAGAGGCAUGACAACUGUGCCUAUGACUACCUGGAGGUGAGAGACGGCCACUCGGAGGGAAGCCCUCUGCUCGGAAGAUUCUGUGGCUACGACAAACCAGACGACAUCAAAAGCAGCUCCAACCGGCUAUGGAUGAAGUUUGUGUCCGACGGCUCCGUCAAUAAGGCUGGGUUUGCUGCCAACUACUUCAAAGAGAUGGAUGAGUGCUCCAAGGCGGACAACGGCAACUGCGAGCAGCGUUGCCUGAACACCUUAGGGAGUUACCGGUGCGCCUGUGACCCUGGUUACGAGCUGUCCUCCGACAGACACGGCUGUGAGGCUGCGUGUGGCGGCUUCAUCACCAAGCUCAACGGGUCCAUCAACACCCCCGGCUGGCCCAAGGAGUACCCCCCCAACAAGAACUGUGUAUGGCAGCUGGUGGCCCCCAUCCAGUACCGCAUCACCCUGCUCUUUGAUGUCUUCGAGACGGAGGGCAAUGAUGUAUGUAAAUAUGAUUAUGUUGAGGUCCGAAGUGGGCUGACGGCUGAUUCUCGGCUCCAUGGGAAAUUCUGUGGCGCGGAGAAACCAGAUACAAUCACUUCCCAGUUCAACAACAUGCGUGUUGAAUUCAAGUCAGACAACACUGUGUCAAAGAAGGGCUUCAAAGCCCAGUUCUUCUUCGACAAGGAUGAGUGUUCGAAAGAGAACGGUGGCUGCCAACAGGAGUGUCUCAAUACCUUCGGAAGCUACAGCUGUCAGUGUCGCAGUGGGUUCGUUCUCCAUGACAACAAACACGACUGCAAGGAAGCUGGCUGUGACCAUCUGGUGAGCGCCGUCUCAGGUACAAUCACCAGCCCGAACUGGCCGGACAAGUACCCCAGCAAGAAGGCCUGCACCUGGGCGCUGUCCACCACCCCGGGUCAUCGCAUCAAGAUUGCCUUCGAUGAGAUCGAUAUGGAGGCCCACCUCGAGUGCGCCUAUGACCACCUGGAGAUCUACGAUGGGUGGAACGGGCGCGCUCCCAGUUUAGGUCGCUUCUGCGGCGCCCAUAAGCCAUCCCCGGUCGUCUCCAGCGGCAACCGAUUGUUCCUCCGUUUCUUUUCGGACAAUUCUGUGCAAAAGAGGGGCUUUAAGGCUUCGCACAGCGCGGAGUGCGGAGGAAGUCUUAAAGCUGAGGUCAAGACGAAGGACCUCUACUCCCACGCCCAGUUUGGGGAUAACAACUAUCCGGGAGGGUCAGACUGCCAGUGGGUGGUUUCUGCCGACAAAGGCUACGGAGUAGAAAUCAUCUUCCAGACUUUUGAGAUCGAGGAGGAGGCCAACUGUGGAUAUGACUACUUGGAGCUCUUUGACGGUGCAGACGUAAAGGCCCCCAGGCUCGGACGCUACUGUGGAUCCGGGCCCCCUGAAGAGAUCUUCUCAGCUGGAGAUGCCAUUGUUCUAACGUUUCAUUCCGACGACACCAUCAACAAGAAGGGCUUUCAUGUGCGCUACACAAGCACAAAGUUUCAGGACACACUACAUACAAGCAAGUGACCCCCUUGUUCCCUUGACGAUAGAGGACACAUUCAUUCCGGCCCUUCCACUCUCCAGUUCCCCCAGAGGGCAGUGGAGGCUUGGAAAGACCCCUACCAAUCCAGCGCCUUAAACUCUGUGACUGAGGAGCCUAACAAUGAAGCAGGAGAUAGUUGGUAACGUUUAAUGAAAUCAAUUAGAGAGUGAGAGAGAGAGAGAGAGAGAG